AGCAUUCGCCAUGCCGACCAGCGGGGGAGGAGAGGGGGGCGGCGGAGCGGGGGGCCUCGUGGUAGCCCCGCCCCCGCGGGACCUGUCCAUGCCCCGGUCCGUGUCGCGGGACGGCUCGGCGGGGCGGCCCUCGGGGGCGGGCGCCUCCGGGGGCGGCUCCGGCGGCCCGGGCUCCGGACGCUUCAUGGCCUACCACAUGGCGGCCAUGGGCGGCGUGCAGGGCAUGGGCGGGCUGGUGGCCGCGCACCACCGGGAGAGCUCGGCAUUCGUGCCGGUCGUGCCCUCGCGCACGCUGCACAUGCCCUACUCGUCGUCCACCACGUCCUCCAUGGCCGCUGACAAGGCGGCGGCCGUGGCGGCGGCCAGCACGGCCUCCAGCAGCGCCGCCUCCGCCGCCGCCGGCGAGGAGCCGACGGGCCGCAAGAGGACCUUCGACCUGAUGGCGCUCAUGGCCGACAAGCGCAAGGAGCUGGCCCUGGCCGAGGCCGCCGCGCACGCCGCGGCCGCGGCCAUGCUCAUGCCUCCGCACCGCGCGCCGCCGCCGCCCGGCCUCCUGGACGCCGGGGCCGGGCCGCACCCCUACGCCUCCGCCUUCCCGACGGGUGCGCCGCCGGGCUUCCAGUACCCGGCGGGCACGCUGUUCCCCGGCGCCGGGCCCGGCCACGGCCUCGACCGGAGACUGCUGCGCGCGCCCGGCAGGGCGUCGCGCCCCAAGAAGCAGUUCAUCUGCAAGUUCUGCGACCGGCAGUUCACCAAGUCGUACAACCUGCUGAUCCACGAGCGCACCCACACGGACGAGCGGCCGUACUCGUGCGACAUCUGCGGCAAGGCGUUCCGCCGCCAGGACCACCUCAGGGACCACAGGUACAUCCAUUCCAAGGAGAAGCCCUUCAAGUGCGGCGAGUGCGGCAAGGGGUUCUGCCAAUCGCGCACCCUGGCCGUGCACAAGAUCCUGCACCUGGAGGAGUCGCCGCAUAAGUGCCCCGUGUGCAGCCGCUCCUUCAACCAGCGCUCCAACCUCAAGACCCACCUGCUGACGCACACGGACCACAAACCGUACGAGUGUGGCACUUGCGGCAAGGUGUUCCGUCGGAACUGUGACCUACGCCGGCACGCCCUCACCCACGCCGUCGGGGCGGAUGUUCCUCCAGAGGCCGAUGACGACCCUUCCAGAGCCGAAGAGGACCCGUCCGUCCAGGACGAUGACGACGAGGACGAGCCCGAGGACAUUCACGUGGACACGGACUCCGACGAGGACGUAGACUCCCGCCUGUCCCCGAGGCCGCGCCUUCUGUCUAUGGACCGGGCAAGUCGAGAGGUGUCGCCCUCUCGGUCCCGGUCACCCUCACCGUCACACUUGCCGCUACCCUUGCCGUCAGCAUCGCCCUCGGCCUCGGCGUCUACGUCCACCUUGCCGGCCGCGCCCAACUCGACGCGCUGUCACGAGACGUCGUCAUCUUCCUAUACCAUGCGUCCCGGGCCAGACAAGCCCGACGCAGCCCCCGAGUGCACCCCCGGACCGGCCCCCAAGCUGCAGGUGCGGUCAGACCUAGAGGCGCCGAGGGAAGCGCCCAGCGGGUUUGGCAUUUUCCGACGCCGCGUACCCGACCCCACCGAUCCCUUUGGGAGGCCCGGGAGGCCCAACCCCUUCUUCGGACGGAAUGCGUUCCCCUUCUCCAGAAUCGGGCUGGCCUCCACCACCCUCGGCUCUGGUUCAGGAUCAAGCUCCAGCGCUGGCGUUGGACCGCGGGACCUCCUCCGGGAGCUCCGGGACCCUCUCCGUGAUAAGGAGAUGCCCGGGCCGUCGGGUUUGUCGGGGGUGGUCAAGAAGGUCGACGCUCCCGGCCUCGGCCCCCUCCCAUCGGUGGCCGACUCUACCUCCCAGGCCGCGGCCGCACCUUCACCCGCAGCCUCCGGGACGUGUCUCGGACCCAACUCAGGACCAACACCCGUGCCACCCCCAGUACCGCCCCCGGGGCCACCCGCGGGCCCCUCCCCACCCGCCCUUCCUACCAUUUCAGUUCAGGCGCCGCCCCCUGCCCCCAAAAAGCAGGGUUUUAGCAUAGAAGAGAUCAUGCGUCGCUGAUGACGUGUAGUGACUGAUGAAUGAAAUGCGUGUGUCCAGGAUUUGUGAUCAGUGAUAUGACUUAUAGGAAUAGUUAUAGUGAAUUUACGGUUCGCGCUUCCUUCUUGGGGGGAUUGCGCAGUCAUGUGAAUCGAGGCCAAACUACGAUUGUUAGGGGCGCUGGCUACUUUGGCCAGCGGCACCCACCUUGUGUUCCUCUAUAGCGUGUUUUGGAAUAAUUUGGUGAUGUCAUAGAGUACAUAACACCUGACCAUUUUAGUCUAAGCAGGAUUAAUUUGGCGCCAUGAAAGUUGCAAAUACAUGUGCAUUAACUGCAUUCCGUUCUAUAUCUCACACUACCAUUUUCAAAACAACUAAUUGUUAUAAAUUUUUGUUUGUAAAAAAAUAAAUCUAUAUAAAACCUUUUGUAAUUUAAAGUGAUAUUAUGUGCACAUUUUCCAGAUAGAAUACAUGAAUAUUAUUUAGAGUUAGGGACUUUCAAUGUGAUCUUGAUUGUCUUUGUACAAUAUGUUAAUGAUUUUUGUUACUAUUUGAAUUUAUUGUAUAUGUUUUAUAGUGAUCUCAGACGAUGGGAACACAAAGGAAGCUCUCAAAUGUGAUACUUUCUGCUAGAUACACUAGAUUAUUGUGUCCUUCAAAUGAUGUAUGAUCUGCACUGUCUGCACAGUGUCGGAGGGACAAAUCUAUGUGGUUAGUUAUUUACAAAUUUUACCUAAUCUGACAGCAUAAAAAUGCAAAAUUGCACUCUUAAUUGUCUAUAAUAUCAUUACAAUUGCUUUAGUAAAAUUGAAUGUUUGGGAUGAUUUCCAAAUCUGAACCACCAGUUUAGCCAAAUAUAACCAGGAAACUAGAUCUAGCACGAAUCAUGUACAUUUAAUUUCAUGCCACUUUUAUGUAUAUAUGCAAUCAUGUGAGCUUGAUUGAAUAGACUGUGGCUUGAAUUAAUUUCUAAGAGGGUUUUCUCUAAGAAAUGUCCCAUCAUAUUUAUGAAUUUAAUGUAAUGUUUGCCAUUCUUGCGUUCAAUUUGACGCUGUUUCCUUAACUAUAGGAUUCUUCAGGUGUCCUACCUAUGGCUGUUAGAUCUUUAUUUAAUUUACCCAAUGGCAUAUUUCAGUAAAAAGACUGAAAGUACAAGCUUAUAUCUUUUUAAGCUUAUACAUAGGCAAAAUAAUGCCUUAAAAGUCAACAUUCAAAGCCAGGAAGUCUUUAAUUAUCAAUGAGUAGGCUGCAAGUUGCUCCCGUUUAUGUUUAUAAGCAAGUCUGAGAUGACAACCCACACAGUCCCAUAUCUAAUAAAGAGGCUUGACUGAUUUUCUGCCUCUCUUUGUUUGUUAUUUGAGUGCAUGGUAAACCAUGGUUGUUGCUUAAAAUCGUCCCGAAGAAACGAAAAAUAAAUACACUUAAAAUUA